AUGUCUACCCCAAUCCCGCAACCUCCCGGCGUCCCGCUCUUGGGCAACAUUUUCGAUGUCGACCCGGCCAACACCUGGUGGUCGCUGAAGACGCUAGCCGAGAAGUACGGCGAGAUCUUCUCCAUCACCGCACUGGGCCAUCGCAUUGUCUUCGUUGCCAGUGCUGCCCUCGCCGAGGAAAUAUGCGACGAGAAACGGUUCCGCAAGUUCGUUGGUGGCCCCGUUGUCGAAAUCCGUUACGCCGUCCAUGACGCACUAUUUACCGCCUUCGAUCAUGAAGAGAGUUGGGGGAUUGCACAUCGGAUCAUCGCCCCCCAGCUGUCGACAGAAGCCGUCGGCGGCCACUUCGACGCUUUCCUUCAGUGCACCGACGAGCUGCUUGCGAAAUGGCAUGGCCUUGGUGACAACAACAAGAUCCAACCUUUGAGUGACCUCAACCGGCUGAACCUCGAGGCGACCACUUUGACGCUCUUCGGCAAGAAGCUGAACUGCAUUGAAGGCGCCGACCAUCCCAUGCUUGCGGCAAUGGAGAACUCUACGUCCGAGGCCAUGAAGCGGCCGACCCGACCGGGCUUCCUCAACUGGCUCGUUUACGGCAGCAAGUUCAAGAAGGCAACGAAAGUAAUGCGUGCCUACGCCGCGGAUUUGGUGAAGUACCGGCAAGAGCACCCGACCGACCAGCACGAUCUGCUCUGGAGCAUGCUCAACGCCAAGGAUCCCGAGACGGGCAAAGCCUUGACCGAAUCGCAGGUGAUUGAUGAGAUCGUGAGCAUGCCCAUCGGUAGCAGUACUGCCCCCUGUGCCGUCACCGCUAGUAUCCUCUUUUUGCUUCAGAACCCCGACGUCCUUGCUAAGGCGAGGGAAGAAGUCGAUGCGGUGCUUGGAGAGGGGCCCUUCCGCCAGGAACACGUCCCCCAGUUGACGUACAUCGCCGGGGUGGUUCGCGAGACCCUGCGGUUGUCCUCUGCCGCGCCAGGCUUCAACAUUGAGCCGAUCCCGAAAGAGGGCGACAAGUCCCCCAUUCUGCUCGCGGGCGGCAAGUACCAGGUGGCGCACAACCAGGCCAUGAUCAUCGUGCUGCCCGGCGUCAACCGCGACCCGGCCGUGUUUGAGGAACCCCUUGCCUUCCGCCCGGAACGGAUGAUCGGUGAGGCGUUCGAGAAACUGCCGUCUAGCGCCAAGAAGUGGUUCGGAAAUGGCAAGCGUGAGUGUAUCGGGAAGCACUGGGCGUGGGAGUUCCUGGUUAUCACUACGGCUAAGCUCAUCCGGGACCUCGACUUCGAGGCCGUGGACCCGGAUUACAAGCUCAAGCAGGACGGUUGGUUUAACAUUCGGCCCAUUGAUUUCUCCGUCAAGGUGAAGCCCAGGGCCCGUUAA